UUUAAGGGUAAAAUGAAGAUUGUCAUCGGGGUGGUCGUAUUUUGCUUGAUUGUAAAUUCGGUAUUGUCCACCAGACAGCCUGUAACAUCAAGAAACAAAUGGCGAAGACGGGGCGGUAAUAAAACUGGAAAUGUAAAAACGAAUUGCGCUGUUCUGGCCAAAAGAUCGUCAUGUGACUUCUACAGCGCAUGCGUGAAGAAGGGUGUGACGUCAUGCAGCCUUAGAGAUGCAGCCGAAGACUUCUGCCAGACGACCGGGGCUGGUGAGCGGGAACUGGACAACCUGGGCAAAAGGUACCUCAGAGAUGUGAGAACGUGUAUUCAGAAGAACCUUCUGGGUCUUAGUGACGCCACAUCUUGUGAUUCAACGGAUCUGGGACGUGUUUUCGCGCAAUCUGAUAUCAAGUCCGACUGCAUUUACCAGAACGUCAGUUUAUGUGCCGUUCUCAGCUCCUCGACAAAUGUCAUCACUCUUCUUGAUAUAUUCUCCAACCUCGAGUCGGGAGUCUUCACACGACAAUUCAUCGCUCGAUUCCAGUCCUUGUCGCAAGGUUGUAACGAAAGAUCCAAAGAAAACAUCGAGAACACUUUCCCCAGGGAGUUUCUGGACAUACUGAGGCCUGGACCUGAUGCAACAUCAACCCCUGACACUACGACUUCACCGACAACAGCAACAUCAGCAACCAAGGAGACAUCUACAAGCAUCGAGUUACGAGGAAGAGAUUGUGAAGUACUCAGCAAACGCACCUCGUGCGACUUUUACCCUGCUUGCGUAAAACCGGAUGAGGCUGCAUGCGCACUACGCGAGGACACUGGAGACUUCUGUCAACAAGCAACGGCAGCUGAAGAACAAUUUGACUCCCUGGGCCGGAAGUACCUUCAGGACGUCAGAGUGUGCCUUCAGAAGAACUUACUAACAUUCGACAACGUCACUUCCUGUAAAGGCAACCAACUUGGUGACUUGGAACAGGUGUUUGCACCCUCUGGCAUUAAGUCGGACUGUCUGUACCAAAACGUAUCGCUCUGUGCAGUGGUCAACACGAUAUCCAAUGUCCAAGCGCUGUUUGACCUCUUUGCCUCUCUUCAAUCCGGGCCCUUUCAACAACAAUUCAUUUCCCGGUUUGAUGCCUUGGUCGAAGGAUGUAAUGAAGGCGCUAAGGAGAAGUUCGACAACAUAUUCCCUGAGGAUGCUACUGAGGUCCUGACCCAGGUCGACGAUACAGUUCGAGCCCUCAGGGAAUGUGAGCGGCUGGCCGAGAGUGGGGACUGUGAGUUCUACACCCAGUGUGUCAGUGUGGGCGUCAACACGUGUUACGCUCGUGAUGAAUCAAAAGGAUUCUGUGAGCAAACCGAAAGUAAACAGGAUCAGCUGGAUGCGAAGGGUCUUACCUACAUUGAAAACGUGAGGAAAUGUUUGAUGAAGAACCAGCUACAACUAGGAGACUUUAUUCCAUGCGACACACUCAACCCUCAGAUAUUUAUGGCAAUCAUUCAACCCAACGGAAGAUCAUCCGACUGUCUGUUACAAAGCGGCGCGGUGUGUACGGUCCUUGGUAACCGUGACAACGCCCAGGCUAUUCGCAACAUGUUUUCUUCAGACGGUGCUGGAGAGGUACAGAAAAGAAUUGCAGCCUACAUGGUUCUGUUGGUGCAGCAGGUGUGUGGUUCAGGUGCCCAGUGGAUAGUGGACACUCUUCUCCCCAAGACAUCUCCAGCUCCAGCGCUGACAGGAUGUGACGCGUUCAGCGUUAACGCAUCCUGUGACUUCUUCCCAUCAUGCCUCACUGCUGCAACAUCCGACUGUCGCAUAGCAACACAGGUUCAUCAGUACUGCAUCAAUUCGGAGGAUAAACAGGCGGAGUUUGAUUCUAUGGGUGUCACUUACAUAGAAAAUGUCCGGCGUUGUCAAAUCAAGAAACUUCUUCCCCUGGAGGGAUCACGUGACUGCAAAGACGUAGAUACCUCGGCGCUGGAGACGUUGACAAAAGUGCCCGGAUGUUUAUGGCAGAAAGGAGAGUUCUGCAAACUAGUCAGCACAGAAACAAACUGCAUUGCGCUCUUCCACAUUUUUGGUCUUGGAGGACCCAAUUUAGACAUCAAAUACAAAUUAUUUUUUACUUUCAACAACUUGGCAUCUCAAUGUUCCGCUGACGAAAAAGCAACCUUUGCGGCCUUCUUCUCCAAGAAGUUCCUCAACAGCGUUCAAAACGACAUAGCAGCAACUACGACCACCGUAACAACGUCGACAACCACAACCACCACAACAACGCCCAGUUCUACCAGGAUGAUGAUGAGUGGAUUUAAUGGGGAUUAAAGAUCAGUUCUUUAUUUAUGCACUUCUAACAUGAUGUGUACGUGUUGGUGUGUGACCAGUUUUAAAUAUAAAACGUCUAAAUUCUCAUUGUUAUAUUUCCAUAUAUACUCCAGUAUACACUGGACAUAUCACGAUACAUUGACUAAAAAUCUUGUUGCGACAGUCCGUGACCCUCUUUCAGGCCUUUUCCACGAUAGAUCAAGUCAACAUAUUUUCAAACACAAUAGCUGUAUUAUCUUGUUGAUAAAUCGAAGCGUUGUUGCAAUUUGAGUAUGCUGGGUUUUUAAAAGAUAUACGUUAUCAAUUUCAUCAAUGUGAAAUAUGCUCGGUAUUAAAAUAUUGUUCAAUAAGGGAUUCGAGAUAGAUCCAAAAAUAGAAAUAAGUUCGAAUAUCAGUUACUAUAUUGUUUAUUUCCUCAAAAUGUGAAGUAGGUAUGAAAAAAUGGAGGCGGGGGAAAUCCGGAAAGAAACAAGUUUAGUUUUCCUUCCGUUAUUGACCCGGACCUGUCGCGAUUCGUCAUAAUCAAUUGUUUUUAAGUUUUAAGAUGAAUUAUCAACAAGUGUUAAGUAUAUUAAUUAUUGUUUUUAAAAUAAUAUAUUUAUAUUUAUAAUGCCAGUAAAUGAGUUUUCUUUUUACUUAUUUCUGGU